AUGAAUAGAAACAUAACCUUUGUGACAGUUGUCUCAGCAUUACUCUUAAUAUGUGUUCUCUUGAUCUUACCAAGCGAACAAUUCACUCUCCGAACCCUACCUGGUGGAAAAUCCCUUGAAACAGACAAAAAGAAGAUCGCAGACCUUCAUCAAUUCUUAGGUGCCAAGUUAAGCGAAGCACAGUAUCAAGCCACUAUCCACAAAGUGGUUCGAGUAGAGAGACAAAUUGUGAAUGGAGUCAAUUAUUUUAUCACAUUACAUCUCAUCUUUGGCAAUGAUGAAAACAAGAAUGCAAGAAUAUUCGAAGCUCGAGUGUUUGAAACACCCAAUUAUUUACCUCACGAAUUCAGAAUUGUUUCCUUGAUUGAGAAGAGUGAACCAUCUUCAUCCUCUGUAUCAUCUCCAACACCUAUUCAACAAGAGGAUGAGAAAGACACUAAAUUCAUACCAGGUGGAAGACAUCCUGAAACCAACUUUUUGAAAAUUGCAGAACUUGUAAAUUUCUUGAACAAGAGAUUGGCAGAAGGAGAAAAUGGAGUAGUUUUCGUCAUUAGAAAAAUCAUUCAUGUGGACAAGCAAGUGGUGAAUGGAGUGAAUUACUUUGUAGGUAUGCAUUUGGAAUCACUCAAAGACAAGACCACACGAGUGAUGGAGGCCAAGAUUUAUGAAUCUCCAAGUCAUUUAGCUCGUGAAUUGCAAUUAAUUUCGCUCACUGAAAUAAACACGCUCUAA